AUGGCCUCCAUGGGUGUGGAGAUACUCGCAGCGACCCUGGCUGCCAUCGGAUGGAUCUCUGCCAUGGUUUCUUGCGUCUUACCCCUGUGGAAGGUGACGGCUUUGAUCGGGAUGAAGGAGUUCUCAACAGAGAGUACAGGGGAGGGCAUUUGGAUGACCUGCUUAUACCAGGGGUCAGGUCAGGUGCACUGUAAGCCCUACGACUCCAUACUGGCUCUGAGUGCCAGCCUUCAGGCCGCCCGUGCGCUCACCGUCAUCUCCAUUGUGAUGGGAACGUUGGGUCUUCUGAUGGCCACGAUCGGAUCAAAGUGCACCAACUGUGUGGACGAACGGGCAGCUAAAGCUCGGGCGUUGGCAGCUGCCGGAGCGGCUCUCGUCUUGGCUGGUCUCACCCAGAUGAUCCCCGUGUCGUGGUUUGCCUAUUCUGUCAUUGUGGACUUCAAUGAUCCGGGCAUCCCUGAGGAAAAGAAGAAGGAGAUGGGUGCAGCUCUGUACCUGGGCUGGGCGGCUGCAGCUCUUCUUCUCAUCGGAGGAAGCAUCCUCUGCUCCAGCUGUUCAGAACCUCCCAGGAAAAGCUCCGAUUCUCAGCCGAUGAACAUUUAUCCCCAAAACAAGUCGACUGAUCCCAGCGAGCACGGCAGGAGCGGCUACGUCUGA